ACUGAGUAACUAGCUUUGCAAACCCAGCCUCUUCAGCACAUUAAAUUCAAAGCAGGGCUUUUUUGUGGGUUUUGUUUUUUGUUUUUUUUGGAUAGAAACUGGUGCAGGUGAAGAGAGAAAGAAGGAACAGGGAAGAGAAGGAAGGGAAGAGGGAAGUUAGACCUCCCUUCCCUCCUUGUCUUUCUCAGAAAACCAAACAUGGCAUCUUCCAUGAAGAGCUUGUUUUCUGACCACAGCAGAUAUGUUGAAUCUUUCAGGAGGUUUCUCAACAAUUCCACGGAGCAUCAGUGCAUGCAGCAAUUCAUGGACGAGAAGCUGCCGGGCAUAAUAGCAAGGAUUGGAGACACAAAAUCUGAAAUUAAGAUUCUAAGCAUUGGUGGAGGUGCAGGUGAAAUGGAUCUUCAUAUCCUCUCCAAAGUGCAGGCUCAAUACCCAGGAGUUAGUAUCAACAAUGAAGUUGUUGAACCAAGUGCUGAACAAAUCGCCAAGUACAAAGAGCUUGUAACAAAGACAUCAAACCUCGAGAACAUAAAGUUUACUUGGCAUAAGGAGACAUCAUCCGAAUAUCAAAAUAGAAUGAUGGAGAAAAAAGAACUUCAGAAGUGGAACUUUAUUCAUAUGAUUCAGAUGCUGUAUUAUGUAAAAGACAUCCCAGCCACCCUGAAAUUCUUCCAUAGUCUCUUAGCUACCAGUGCUAAGAUUCUCAUUACUCUUGUGUCCGGAACCAGUGGCUGGGACAAGCUAUGGAAAAAGUACGGAUCUCACUUACCCCGGGAUGACCUCUGCCAGUAUGUCACGUCAUCUGACCUCAUGCAGAUGCUGGACAAGUUGGGGAUUAAGUAUGAGUGUUAUGACCUUCUGUCCACCAUGGACAUAUCUGACUGUUUUAUUGAUGGCAAUGAAAAUGGAGACCUGCUUUGGGAUUUUUUGACAGAAACCUGCAACUUUAGUACAACAGCACCACCUGAUCUCAAAGCAGAAAUUAUGAAAGAUCUGCAAAAGCCUGAAUUCAGUGUAAAGAAAGAGGGAAAGGUUCUUUUCAAUAACAGUCUGAGUUUCAUAGUGGUUGAGGCAUAAAUAUCCACCAUGAGAAUAUAUUCAAAAACUAUAGUUUGAACAA